AUGGCCGCCCCAAAGGAAGCUACUAUUCACAACCUGACCGGAACAUGGACCAUGGAUGCUCUCUCCGACAGCACUGAUCCCACUCUAACUCUGCAAGGAAUCUCAUGGUUCACCCGCAAGGCCAUCGGCCUCGCCACUGUCACUCUGCAUGUCAAGCAGUACACAGAAGAUGAUGCUGUCCACAUCGACAUCGCCCAGACGCUGACUGGCGGAAUCUCUGGCACGACCGAGAAGCGCGAGCUUGGCUGGGUACCAAGGGAGCACACCGACCACAUUUUCGGCUCUGUCAGGGGCCGGACUCGCUACAUCGCUUCUAAGAAGGAUGGCUCCAAGACCGUUCCGGCUAUUGAGAUACAGACCAAGGUCGGAAAGGAGGAAGAAGACGCAGCCGUCGCCAAGUUUUUCAACGGAGAUGUCCUCGCUAACGGAUCUGCGUCUGACGGCUGGGUUGUUGACGACGAGGCUGAGGGCAGUGAGCCAUUCCUGCAGAGCUGGGUUGAGAGCAUCGACAACGGCUGGACUGCCGAACAGGUCUGGGGCUUUGAGGUGAUCAACGACAUCCGAUACUAUACUCGCCGUAUCGCCGUCGCUAAGGACGGCCAAUGCAGCAGAGUCAGACUUGUCUAUCGCUAUAUUGGCCAGGAUGAGUAA